CAAUUCAGCGUUUUCUCUUUCGCACGAUUCAGUUGAGUAAAAAUGGCUCAAAAGACGUGGCAUAUGUUUACAAUAAUAACGUUAAUAUUUACAAUUUUAUCAAUCGCCGGCGAGUCAGCCUCAUCAACAGCGGCACCAUGGUACGAGAAUCUACCAGCAGUGACUAUGGACUACAAAGUUCACAUCGACCCAGGGAAAGAGGACUGUUAUUACCAAUACGUCCAGCCGGGUGCAACGUUUUACGCAAGCUAUCAGGUACUGAAAGGCGGUGAUGGAAUGUGUGGAUUCGCUGUAAGACAUCCAAAUGGGCAACUGGUGCAUCCCUAUGAAUGGCGGCAAAGUGCAGAGUACGCAGACCAGACAAGCACAGGGGGUUAUUAUGCAGUGUGUAUUGACAACCAGUUCUCAAAGUUUGCGUCUAAACUAGUCAAUUUAUACCUGUCUGUGAUUAGAUAUGAUAUGUGGGAGAAAUACGCGAAGGAAGUGGAAGCUCUUGAUAUGAAUAUCAAUAACUUCACAAAUUCCAUUCAAUUUGUGGAGCGGAAUGUCAAUGACAUCCUACAAUACCAAUAUCACUCGAGAGCGAGAGAAUCUCGCGAUUACAACUUAUUGAUGGAUAACAACACUUAUAUACUAAGGUGGUCCUUCAUACAGAUUGUAGCGAUUGCAGCGACAGGCACGCUGCAAGUUUACUUUGUAAGAAAACUCUUCGAAGUCAAGGAUAACUCAUCGAAAACUAGAAUAUAAUUUUCAUUAGAUAUUUUUGUCGCAAAAACAAAGUGCAUUGUUAACUCUUGACUGAAUAACUCAUUCCCUGUUAAUUUUUCUAUUGUCUUUGUCUUAAUUAGAUCUCUAUUUAUUAACUCGCAUUUCGUUACGAGGUAGUUUUAAAGCCAUGAGCGUGAUUUUAUUAUUAAAUAAUAUUUUUUAAAAUCUAUAACUUAGAUCCUUAAGAACUCGUUUUUUUUAAAUACUACUUAACUAGCACUUGAGAACAUCGAGUGUGUAUAGCACCUCUAUUUUUAAUUUUUAAUUCCAAACAUCCUUCAUACAUUUUUCUACUUGUAUCGUCUUUCUAGUCGUUAGGCUCAAAUUACCAGUAUUAAAACACAUAAAUAAAUCAUCAUCUUCAUCAUCAAUAGCUUAUCAAUAUCCUUAUGCUUAAAUCAAAAUUUCCCACCAUGUUGCCACAACGCGGGUCGACGGACAUUAACUAUUAUUUUCACAUGUUAGUGAUAAAAGCCGGACUGAUGGUUUAAAGAACUCCCCGAGCAUAUAUGAAUAGUUAGUAAGAUUUAUGCCAAUAAAAGCACUUAUUCUCAUUCAGUAAUAACUAUACGUAAUCUUGAGGUGUCAUGUCCGAUAAAAUGUUUGCUCAUUCUGUUCAAACACGGGUGACAAUAAUAUCAAUUAUUAUUAUUAUUAAAUUCUUUAUUGCACACACAAAAACAUAAUACAAAGAAACACAUUUACAAAUAAAAAAUAAUAAAA